CUCCCGCUCUGGCAGCCUGAUCCUUUGUCGUGCCUCGUCUGCAUUCAUUCUCUCUGCCCUCGCACCUCCAGCCCGUGCGACGGGGAUUUUCCCGGGUCCAGGCGCGGAGCAUCCUCCCGGCCACCUUCCCCGCGCCCCGAUAAAGGACCGCUGUAACCGCCCGGGGGCGCCGGGCAGGGAGGGCGCCACGCCGCGAGCAGCCCCGCUUUUGUGCGGGCGUUUGUCUCGGCAGCUGUGCGACCCCGGCGGGAGGCGCGGGCCGCGACCCCCGGGAGGCGGGGCCUGGCGCGGGCUCCGCCUGGCGAGAUUGCACGCUCCGCUCCGCCGCCGCCCUGGUUUGUUCCGCUACCUCCCGCCUCCCCGAGCCAAGUGCGCCGACCCCGCUGCCCGGCAGCCCCGAUGGCCUUCGCUCCAGCCACCGCCGCUAUUCGCUUUGCAAUCCACUUUCUCCCUUUUCCUCGUUAGCAGCCCCUGGCGCGGCCCCUGGCAAAACUCAGACCGGCGCAGAGAGGGGGGCAUCGGCGCAUUCGAUUCGCCCGCCCUGGCCCUCCAGUUUGUGAAGUGUCGCAACCAUGUCGGAGUCGGGGGAGAUGAGUGAAUUUGGCUACAUCAUGGAGCUGCUGGCCAGAGGCAAGGUUACCAUUAAGAAUAUCGAGAGAGAGCUUGUUUGCCCAGCCUGCAAGGAGCUGUUCACCCACCCCUUGAUUCUCCCCUGUCAGCACAGUAUCUGCCACAAAUGUGUGAAAGAGCUCUUACUCACUGCUGAUGACUCGCUCUGUGACAUGGGGUCAGACAACUCCAAUCCGAGCAGUCCCAGGAUACGGCUCCCCUCCCCCAGCGUGGACAAGCUUGACAGAAUUGCCAGACCAGCAUCACAACGGAGAUCUGUGGGGUGGAGAGGUCAGAAGAAGAUAUUAAAUGGCUGGAAGCGUAACUCGUUGACUCCCAGGACGACGACUUUUCCUUGCCCUGGCUGUGAGCAUGACGUGGAUCUUGGAGAACGAGGCAUCAACGGUCUGUUCCGAAAUUUCACUUUGGAAACUAUCGUGGAAAGGUAUCGGCAGGCAGCCAGGGCAGCUACGGCCAUCAUGUGUGACCUCUGCAAGCCACCGCCUCAGGAGUCCACAAAAAGCUGCAUGGACUGUAGUGCGAGUUACUGCAAUGAGUGCUUCAAAAUCUAUCACCCCUGGGGUACCGUGAAGGCUCAGCAUGAGUACGUGGGCCCAACCACGAAUUUUAGACCCAAGAUUCUAAUGUGUCCUGAACAUGAAACGGAGAGAAUCAACCUGUACUGCGAGCUGUGUAGGCGGCCCGUCUGUCACCUGUGCAAGCUGGGUGGCACCCAUUCCUCCCACCGGGUCAGCACCAUGAGCAGUGCCUACAAAACCCUAAAGGAAAAGCUGUCAAAAGACAUUGACUACCUUAUUGGUAAGGAGAGUCAGGUGAAGAGUCAGAUUUCUGAACUAAACUUGCUCAUGAAAGAAACUGAGUGCAACGGUGAGAGAGCUAAAGAAGAAGCAAUUACACAUUUUGAAAAGCUCUUUGAAAUUCUAGAAGAGAGGAAGUCAUCUGUUUUAAAAGCCAUUGAUGCUUCUAAGAAGCUAAGAUUAGACAAAUUUCAGACGCAAAUGGAGGAGUAUCAGGGGCUGCUGGAGAACAACGGGCUUGUCGGGUACGCACAAGAGGUGCUGAAGGAGACAGACCAGUCUUGCUUUGUUCAGACGGCGAAACAGCUGCACCUCAGAAUACAGAAAGCAACAGAAUCUUUGAAGAGCUUCCGACCUGCAGCUCAGACUUCUUUCGAAGACUACGUUGUCAAUACAUCUAAGCAGACAGAACUUCUCGAAGAACUGUCCUUUUUCUCAAAUGGUAUAGAUGUGCCGGAGAUCAGUGAGGACCAGAGCAAAGUAUAUAACAAUGCUUUGAUAAAUUGGCACCAUCCAGAAAAGGACAAAGUGGACAGCUUUGUCCUCGAAUAUCGGAAGAUUAAUAGAGAUGAGGAAAUGCUGUCCUGGAAUGAGGUAGAAGUGCUUGGCACAAGUAAAGUGAUUUCAGAUCUAGAAAGCAACUGUAACUACGCUUUCAGAGUCCGUGCCUACAAGGGUUCAGUUUGCAGUCCGAACAGCAGGGAGUUGAUUCUUCGCACUCCUCCGGCUCCAGUUUUCAGUUUCCUCUUUGAUGAAAAAUGUGGGUAUAAUAACGAGCAUCUCUUACUGAACUUGAAGCGGGAUCGUGUUGAAAGUAGAGCCGGGUUCAGUCUUCUCCUGGCUGCGGACCGCAUCCAGGUGGGCUCCUACACAAACUUGGACUACAUCAUCGGCGACGUGGGCAUCACCAAGGGGAAGCACUUCUGGGCCUUCCGGGUGGAGCCAUAUUCGUACCUGGUAAAAGCCGGAGUGGCCUCCAGCGAGAAGCUGCAAGAAUGGCUGCGUUCUCCCCGGGAUGCCGCCAGCCCACGGUACGAGCAGGACAGCGGCCACGACAGCGGCAGCGAAGACACCUGCUUCGACUCUUCGCAGCCCUUCACGUUAGUCACCAUCGGCAUGAAGAAGUUUUUCAUACCCAAGUCAGCGACUUCAUCUAACGAGCCUGAAAACAGAGUCCUGCCCAUGCCCGGCAGCAUCGGCAUCCUCCUGGACUGCGAGAAGGGCAAGGUGGCUUUCUACGACAUGGACCACAUGCGAUGCCUGUACGAGCGCCCGGUGGACUGCUCGCACGUCAUGUACCCGGCGUUUGCGCUCAUGGGCAGUGGCGGGGUUCAGCUGGAGGAGCCCAUCACUGCCAAGUACCUCGAGUACCGGGAGGCUGCGUAGGGUGAGCAUCUGAUGUGACCGGGGCUGGAAGGGUCAGCGAGAUGCUUUGGGGUUCACCUUCGUAACUAAUUACAUAUCAUCUACGUAUCUGUCCCCACGCUUGUUUGUUGUGUGUUUUUCUUCUGAAAACACAGAAAACCCGAACAGCCUGGCCUUCCCCAAGCGGCAGGUGCAAAGACGCUCUUUCCCGGUUAACUGGGAUCUGGCGAAGUUGCGUCUAGAUGGCCUUUCUCUUUUAUGAACAGCACAGCUUAUUUAUUUCUGUGAGCGGUGUUGCUGAUGCUCACACUUUUUUUUUUUUGGGGGGGGGGAGGCGGGAG